CGGCGGGGCGGCGCGUCGUCUGCAGCGAAGAGGAUCACUGGGCCAGGCCGGGCACGUGUUCUUGUGUUCAUCCGUUAUAUUUUUUGUGUUUCCCUCGUGUCGGCUCCUUCCCUAGACAUCCACCAUGCUGAGCCGUGCCCUGAGCCGCGUGUGGGUGUCGGGCGGGUGUCUGCGAGCCCUUAAAAUGCCCCAAAACGUGGCGAUAACCCGGAGUCUGGGCGCCCUCUCCUCCUCCGCCGGCUCGUCCUCCUCCCUCCUCCGGCCGUCGUCCUCGUCCUCCUCCUCCUCCUCUUCCCUCCCCCGCCCCACCUCCUCCAUGCUGUGCUCCUGCGGCUGCGGCAUCCACGGCAUCCACACGCGAGGUGACAGGGAGUUGGUGGAGUUCCUUCAGGAGGAGAUCGUGGCAGAGAAGAAGACUGUUCAGCCCAACCUUCCAUCACAUCUCGGGGACUUUACCGUCAAGGCCUCACAGGCAGAGCUGACCCUCUCCCGCACCUUCCACGAUGAGAAAAUCACCCUCACCCUCAAUGUUAACCACACCGUUGACACUGAUGAUGGCCAGGUCGCUGAGAUGAAUGCCGAGCAGACUGAGGGUGUCCUGAAGAGUCGGCCCAGCUUUGAGGUGGAUGUCGCCAUCGGGGCCAAGACACUAUCCUUCACCUGCUCCUACACAGCCCCCGGCGACCUGCAGGGGGGUGGCGAGGAGGCUGGGGAAGAUGUGUUUGGCAUCAACGAACUUACAGUUUAUGAGGGCGAGUGGAAUGAGGCGACCUACUGUGUCUCCGGCGACAUUCUCGAUGGGAUGAUGUAUGACCUCCUCAUGAACAUGCUGGAGGAGCGCGGCGUGACCAACGAGUUUGCCGAGCAGCUCAGCACGCUCUGCUCCGACUACGAACACUCCCUCUACGUCAACCUGCUCCAGGGCGUGCAGGAUUUCGUCAAGCGCAAGUAGACGUGUGUCCAUAAUUGUGCGUAUAUGCGUGUGUACAUGUGUAUUUGUUAAUGUUCAUCAUGUACAGACACACAUGGAAAGGAAUUUAUGUACCUAUGCGUGAAUACUAUAGAUAUGGUGUGUGCGUGUGUGCUUCUUCUAUCAUUCACACACACACACAUACACUCACACACAUGAAUAUAGAUUGUCAAAUAUGUGUGUGUGCUGAUUUGUUUCUAUUUCUGUGUGUGCAUAUCUCCUUGUAUGCACACAUAAACAUACACACAAGAAUAUAGGGCAUUAUGUUUGUGUGUGUGUAUGUGCUUUUUGUCAUCCUCCAUACAUACAAAGACACAUUCAGCUGUACAUGUGUGGACAUUUUAUCUGGCUGUGUUAAAGAUAUGUGUAGAUGUAAAAAGAAUAUCCACACGGCCAUUAGUGUCCAUUUGAUUACCUGAGUGUGUAUGUGUGUCUGUGUGUGUGAGAAUGAUUUGCAUAGUGUUCUCCCAGAAACACACAAACACACUUACACACAACACAAAUCACUGAUACUGAUACACAUUCUGAAUUUUUGUGAUGGAAAAGGGAAAGAAAAAAAAAGUGUAAAAAGAAAAGGAGGUGAUGGAGUUAAAACGUCGCCUCAUAUUUUCCUCCUAAUUUGGUGUGAGUAUUGGUUAAGUUUUUAUACUUGUGAAUAUAUUUUUUUGUGAGUUGGGUGGCGCAUCAGUAUGUUCACCGUGCACCUAGGUGGACGUAAUAAUGAACAUGAAUAUAAUUCGAUACUGUACAGAGCCUUCAUUGGGCCAUUUGUAUUUCUUAAUAAACCGUUGAAAAGGA